GGAGGCCCGCAGGUAAUGAUCCUGUUCACAGGACGGCCAGCGCUCCCCGGCCCAACCCACCCUGCACGCUCUGGGUUUACCCGUAACGGUGACCUUUCCUCUCCCGCAGUUGUCCUGAACGUCUACUCCCGCACUCCGAGCGUGAGGACGGGACUGGGGCGUGAUGUCCUCCUGGACUGUGGAUUCGCCAUGGACAGGCAGACUGGCUUUGCCGUGGAGUGGCGUUACCAGUUCAAGGGCAGCGGGCACUUGGUCUACGCUUAUAACGGUGCCCACGACCGGGUGGACAUGGCAGAGGCUGGCACGGAGAUGUUCUUUUACGAGGCGCACAGUCGGGGGAACGCCUCACUGUUAAUCCGAAACGUGGACAUCAGGCACGAGGGCAGCUACAUCUGCACCAUCUACAUGCCAAACCUGCACGCUCAGCAAUCCAUCGAUCUCCAAA